CUUGACGUUACCAUAGCAAUUAGUCAACGGUCACCUCUUGUUUGACUGUGGACGGAAAGUGACCGUUUGUUUGCGAUACUACAGAUCGGCACGCUUUGCUUUGACUAUUAUGUUGAGUUAAGGACAUGUAUUUGUCCCAGAUUCAGAGUCUCAGACUGGCAGCUGUACUGGAGGAAUGCUCAGACCAGUUGGACAUACUGGAACAUGCUCUGACCAUCCAUAUCCACAGGGAGUGCAGCACUGAAGAGCGACAGGCCAGAGUAAAAAAGGUGAAACGAGACUGUCACUAUAUCUCACAGCAGCUGUCCAAGUUACAAGGUGAGCUGGAAGAGAAACAGAGCUUUGCUUGUCUGCUGCAGGUGGUUCACGGACAGGACCAGGAAAAGAAUGCUGAGAGCAGCAAAAGAGAAGCAAAGAAGGAGAUGGAGAAGAGAAGGCGGCUGCUACCAAAGCAACAAGCGCAGCUCCAACAGAAAGCAAAUCAACUGAAGGAACUGCAAACAUUAUACGAGGAUAUCAAAGAUCGGCUGCAUCGCCUAAAUGAGUCAAAUGCUGAAAGGAAGCGUCUUGAGGAGAGAAGCAUUGAGCAGCAGCUCCAGAGAACUCAAAAUGAGAUGAGGGAAGCUGAGAAGCGACUUGAAGACAAAGUAGUGCUCCUGAAUAAUCAGUUGAAGCUGCAGGAGAGAAUUCAUGAGGAGUCAAAUAUAUUUCUGAAAAAACAACAUCAGGAGUUGCAGGAGCAGCUGCGACACUGGCAGCAGUGCACAGAGCAGAACAUGCAGGAGAAGGAGCAGCAUCUCACCAGCAUGCGCUACAGAAGAGCAACAAACUUGGAGAAACUUACUGCCAUGCAGAAGAAGUACAGCGAGAUGGAAGAGGUUGUGAAAGAAGACUGGGAGGAGCAGGAGAGAAUUCGCCAGCGGGAGCUUGAGAUUGCAGCUUCUAUCAAGGUACAGGCUUGGUGGAGAGGUUGUAUGGUCCGUAAAGGCUUCGGCAUCUAUAGGAAAGUAGAAGACAAGAAAGGAAAGAAGAAGAAGAAGGAAGGAAAGAAGAAGAAGAAGAAAUAAGUCAGAUAUUGGGUUUCUUCACGAGCAGUGUACUGAUUUGUCUGUUAGCUGGUUAGCAGGCUAUUUUCUUGCUCUUGGAGAAUGACAUAUUUUUUUUACUAAACCUCUUAAAGCUCAUAGUCUACACUUCAAUCAUCUUUAUUGUUUUAUUUCAAAUCUGUUUUGGUCGUGUAUAAGCGAAACCUCACUGUAGAAAUACUUCUGGACCUAAUGUAACUGUAAUGUAACCCAACCCAUUUGCUUUUAUUGCUUUG